AUGGUAUCAACAUUAAAUGAACGCGAUAUCGUUAUGGCGAUGGAGGCAAUGGCUAAAGAUAAAAAUUUAAGCCUCCGGAAAGCUGCCAAGAUUUACAAUAUUACUCAUACGACACUCAUACGUAGAAUGAAAGGGAUCACUCCUGCCUCCGAAUAUCGUCAAAAACAGCAUAAAAUUACUAAAAUUGAAGAGGAGGUUAUUAUUCAGCAUAUAAUCGAUAUGGAUGAGCGAGGAUUUAGUCCUAAAUUCAUAAGUGUUGAAAGUAUGGCGAAUCACAUUCUUGAAUCGAGGGGUGAAAAGCGUGUUGGUUUUAUAAUGGGAGUGAUAUCCUCUAGUAUGGUUAUUACUAGUGUAGAUAGAUGUGGCAAAAGUAAAGGAAUACAGCCAGGCAAUAGAGAAUGGUCGACAGCGAUUGUAUGUGGUAAUGCGACGGGGGAGAACAUACCUCCAUAUCUCCUUGUUCAAGGACAAAUGCACCUAGCCAAUUGGUACAGCGAGACGGAUAUGCCUCCCGAAUGGGUGGUUAAAACUACUAUAAAUGGAUGA